AUGAAUCCCGUAGUGGAAGCGUUUGCCUUCUUCCUGGGCUUUCUGGGAUGGUUGAUGGUUGGGGUGGCCCUUCCGAAUCGAUACUGGAGAGUGUCAUCUGUGGACGGUAACGUUAUCACCACGUCCACCAUCUAUGAGAAUCUUUGGAUGUCCUGCGCCACUGACUCGACGGGAGUUCACAACUGCCGCGAUUUUCCUUCUUUACUCGCACUAAGCGGGUACAUCCAAGCCUCUCGAGCACUAAUGAUCGCUUCAAUUGUUUUCGGAACAUUUGGGCUUGUGGGAACUCUGGUUGGAAUGCAGUGCUCCAAAAUCGGUGGAGAAAACUACCUUCUGAAGGGCAGGAUUGCUGCAGUUGGAGGGGUGUUUUUCUUACUUCAGGGUUUGUGCACCAUGAUUGCUGUGUCUUGGUAUGCAGCAAACAUCACACAAGAGUUCUUUGAUCAAUUCUACCCAGGGACAAAGUAUGAGAUCGGAGAAGGUUUGUACAUUGGCUGGUCAUCAGCUAUACUCGCCCUAUGCGGAGGUGGUUGUCUGAUGUGUUCUUGCAGUUUUAAGGAGCCGGGAGAAAAAAGGCCUUAUCCAUACCAGCCAUCCUCCAGGGGACGUGUGCUGUCCACUUCAUCCCGGUCUGCCCCCAGCAACUAUGGAAGAAAUGCCUACGUCUGA